CGGCAAUAAAUAAUAUCCAUUCUAAAGGUAAAUCAUUAUUUUAAAGGUUUCAGUACCUGCAAACUUAUUUUAUUAUAUUUUACUCAAACUGCCAAUAAGAUGGUUUUACAGAAGCCACAAAUGAGAGGUCUUUUGACCAAACAAAUCAAAGUUAAUGUUCCAAUUGCUUUGGCAGUUUCUCUAACAGGGGCUGUUUGUCUUAAAGUAUUCUACAAUGAUCCAUUGAAGCAAAAAUAUGCUGAUUUCUACAAGACCUACAAUGCAGAAGAAUCCUUCGAGAGAAUGAGGAAGAAGGGAUUAUUCCAAUCAUGUGAAUAAUUUUAAACCUCCAAGAAUGGGAGAAAUAGUCAGAUAACAAAUUAAUGUAAAAUAAAUAUUUAAAUACACUA